CGCGGUUGGAUUGUACCGAAGAUUAGCGGACAGAAGAAAGGGACAGUUUGUCCCACCGGCGUUUUAUUUAGCAGCAGAAGGUCGUCGGCGGCUCGGCUGUAUUUGACAAUAAUGAAAACGUGAACAAGACCGAAUAACUGUAAUUUGUUUCAGUUUGACUCUAGAGACGUGGAGUAGUGUCAGUAUUUCUCUUAAAACAGAGGGAUGGGGCCGUUUGUCGCGUUCCGCUCUGGCUCGUUAUGAAACCUUGCUAGCAGAGGUUCGCUAACGUUAGCAGUUGAUCAUCGUCACUGACGUUAGUUACGCCGAGAAUCCCUCCUCCCGGUCUUGGACCAGACCCCCCCCCGGGCCCAUCUGCCCUGAUCCAGGACCCUCUUCCUCUCACUGAGUUGCCGGUUUGAUGGCAGCUACAGCCGGAGCUCGGCGGUUACCUAUGGGAGUGCGGACUUUCAGUGACUUUCUGCAGAUCGCUACGGUGGGCUCCCCUCGCUCCUGCCGCACAGCGGUGACGAGAGGAUGUCUGCGACAGAACAUCAGGUGAGCCUGUCACGAACACACACUAACAGGCUAUUAUUAUAACAACAUACAGUUCGAGCUUCAACACAGAGCGGCAGACACAGGGCCCCCUUUAGACUGAGCGGUAUGGAGUGAGAAGGUUACGGGCCAACUCUGUCAGGGUGGUCCACUUUCAGCUCUUAUCUCGAAGGAGGGUGCAGGGACCUUGUUACGUUGGCACCCUGUUGACCCGGGUCUAGUCUAGACUCAGUUACUCAUUAUGAGUGAGUAUGUAUAUUUCAUGAAAAUCUAAGGGAUAUGGACCAAAGUCGGGUCCCUAUCUUUCCCAGUUUUGACUUUCAGUCAGUACUUUGUGACCCCCUUGCUCUUGUACCAAUGACAACCAUCCUACUGUUUAGAGACACUUUGUAUUUAUCAGAUAUAAUGAUGAAUCAUAAUGUGAAUACUCAGAAAUCACAAGACUGCUGUUUUGUAAUUAUAUAAUAGUCACUAAUGCAUGUAGGGUAAUUCAUUUCUGCAUGAUAAUAAUGCAGUAUGUUUCCCUAAUGCAAUAUUUAUUGAAAUAUCAGAAACUACAGUUGAUUUGUGGUAAAAACAUGGUAUCUCCUUCAUGUGUAUCAAUAAUGUAAAUGCACAUGAAGGACAUGUGCUGGUGAUGUGCAAUAACAUAAUUAAGUAUUGUGAUAUCAAUAUGCAGAGUGAUAAAUAGGCUUAUAUUAGGGCUGGGUGAUAUUGGAAAAAGUUAAUCACAAUAUAAAUUUUUCAUAUCAGUCAAUAUCGAUAUAUAUCACAAUAUAAAAAAUGAAGUUUAACAGUGUUUAUUGUUUGCAUGCCUUUUGCAAUACAAUAAGCUACUGCAUCUGUGAGGUCUUUGUGUCUCUUUGACGUUUUGUCGUAAGGUGUUGCUCUAGACUAGAGAAAGCUGACUGAAUGGUCAGCUGUUUCGGCGGCACAGGUGCCAUGGGCUUCUUGCUCCACUCAGGGUUGGUAGCUUUUUGCAUUGUGCGUGCGUUGUGCUGGGCGCUGCUUCAGGUGGUGAAAAAGAUUUGCGGUAUUCCCCGACUUUGUGAGAACAUGUACUCGACAUAAUUUGCAGUGCACAUUACUCUGCUUCAUGCCCGAUCUCAAAAAAACAAAAUACCUCCACACCACCGACUUUUUCGUGCCAGUGUUGUCGACAUUUUUUUUAAGCCUUUAUCUUGCACUCAUUUUCUUUUUUUCUCAGCGACAGUGCUGUCGGCUUCACGUGUUAAAGUGCUAUGGUUGUGUGUAGCUGCAACCUGCUACUACACAGUUGUUUGCCACUUGGUUCUAAUUAAGCACAUGAUUGGUUCAGUGCGAAGUGGACCCGGAGCAACUCUCCUUUUCAUCGUAUAGUCUACCAAAACAUGGCAGAAUGCCGACAACCGAAAAGCAUAUGGACUAUGUUCUAUAUUGAUAUUGAGGAAAAUUAAUCAUCGAUGUAUUUCGUUACCGUUGUAUCGCCCAGCCCUAGGUCACCUGCUGAUGAUGUGCAAAAACAUAGUUAAAUAUUGUGAUAUCAGUAUGCAGAGUGCUAAACAAGCUUAUAUUAAAGAGUUUAUAUACACUAAAAUAACUCAAUAACUUGUUGAACAUAAAGAGGUAAACACAAAAGAGGGUUAAACAAGAAACUACUUCACUGGUUAUCAAGUGUAGUUAUUUGCAUCAGCUUUAAUUAGGUAAAAAUACAAAGUGUACUCCCAUAAGUAUUAAUGUUUUGUUCUAAUCAGAAAUCAUUAGUUUGAGGCUGUCAAGACUCUACCGUCCACCUACAGGAAAACACAUCGCUAAGUGAUGCAACAAGCCUGAGUGGGUGUCACUGCAUACCUUUUUUUCCAUCAGCACAACAGAAACAGAAAACACCAGCACCCUCACAACACACAGACCUUCCAUGAGCUGCUGGUUCUGUGUUCAUUGAGUUAGGCGGCUGUAAACUGGAACAUAGUGGGCCUUUUUUUGUUGUUGUUGUUGUUGAGCAGUUUGACUUCUUUCUGGAAUCUGGCGCUCAUGACAUUUUCUCUUAACUUGUAGACACUUGUCAUCAUGUGGCAUUUUGAUGACAAGAUCUCCCAGAGUGCUUUGCCUUCAAGAUUGGGACACAAUGACCGCUGCUCCCCAAAGCAGAAACUUCAUCAGUCUGACCAACAAAAGGAAGGAAUACUCCGAGCGUCGGAUACUGGGGUAAAUUUCCAGUCUGAGCUUAUGAUAAAGUCACCUUCUGGUACCUUUUGAUUUUAUUCUCUCUGAUUUUACACUCUCUGUUUCAGCUUUUCAAUGCAGGAAAUGUACGAUGUUGUGGCCAACGUUGACGAGUACAAGAACUUUGUCCCCUGGUGUAAAAAGUCCCAGACCAUCAUGAGAAGAGCGGGCCACUCCAAAGCCCAACUUGAAGUGGGAUUUCCUCCAGUGGUCGAGAGAUACACGUCCAUGAUCACGAGUGUGCGGCCUCAUCUAGUCAAAGUAAGUGCAUGAAGCUUCUCUGUAUCCGUUUCAUUUUUGGUUGGCUGUGGUUUUUAUGCAGUACCGCAGAUUAAAUAAACAACAAAAGGCUUCUGGGACACCAACUCAAUUCGCUCAGACUAAAUAUUUCUGCGGUGUUCACAGAGUGUGUCAUUUGUGUGACUUUCAGGCGGUGUGUACAGAUGGAAAGCUGUUCAAUCACCUUGAGACAAUAUGGCGCUUUAGUCCCGGCAUUCCUGGCUACCCUCGCACCUGCACCGUAGAUUUUUCAGUAAGUCGCCCUCAGUUUGGUCACUGUGAUGACUCAUAUGAUGUGUGAUAUGAUCUCUUGCCCUGCGCUUCUCUCUUGACACGCAGUUUUGCAUUUUUAAGUCUUGAUAGUAAACACUGAGCUUCACCUGGGUCACUCAUUUUGCACUUGCUGCUUUUACAGAUUUAUGUACAACUUUUUCUUUGCUAAGAGUAUUAACUUUCUCAACCCCUAAAAUUAGCAGAGCACGAGUGUUUUGCCUCCUGUCAGAGUUUCACAGAUUUAGAAAUAUUUAACUCUUGAAACCUGCAAGAACACAACUUUUUAGUCACAUUGCAUACUCACAAGUGAUAGAGGCUCAAAAGUCACGGAAUAAGAACCAAAUUGAACUUUAGAUCAAACACAGACAGACUGAGUAACCUGCUGUUAGUGUCCAGCUACUCAUGGAUGUACUCUGUUACGCUUCAAACCUGCUUACAUUGGGCCAGGAAGUGAGACAGAGCUAAACUAUGUGGACAGAACACUAAGCUCACACAUUUGAGGUGUUUUAGGCGUGAGUCUUCACUCUGCCUUGACUCAAUAACAGGACUUGUCAACACUCAAUCUUGAUUUGAAACCUGGUUUGAGCCUGAUAUCUUUGUUGAAAUCAUGCCAUAGCUUGUGCCAAAGGUUAGCCCAGGGCUCGACAGCACCACCGUUUCACUCGCAUUUGCGACUAAAAAUAGAUGUGUGCGAACUGUAAAAUGUAUUUAGGGGCUCAUGUGUGCAUUAAAAAAAAUCAGCCAAGGCAACAAAUUUUUUUUCAUGAAGUUAGUCUUAGGUUGGAUAUUUGACGGACAUUCACUGCAGAUCUACCGGUGUCUUCUCACUCUCCAUAACCAGGAAUCCUCUUGGCAUCUUCGCUGUCAACGUUGGGUGUUGAAUAAGGGACCAUCAAUAAAUUACUGGUUGAUGUUCUCAAAAAAGGCUGUUUUCCUUCAAUAGCUACCAUGUCAUGUGACCAAAAGACCUAAAAUUGAUUUAAAAUAAUAAUACUUAUGUCAACCAAUAAGACACACCUCUUUAUUUUCAUAAUUUGUCCUUAUACAUUUUUCUUACCCUUUUUUUUGUGCUAACACGAACUAAAUUGAUUGUUGUUUUCAUCCUCCACAGAUUUCCUUCGAGUUCCGCUCUUUGCUGCACUCCCAGUUAGCCACCAUGUUCUUCGACGAGGUCGUAAAGCAGAACGUCGCCGCGUUCGAGCGGCGAGCCUGCAAGAUGUACGGCCCAGAGACUCGUAUCCCGAGAGAGCUGAUGUUUCACGAGGUGCAUCAGACGUGAUCUCAGCAGCUGUAUUUUUUCUCAUCUGGCCUUAAAUCAUACCUACCUUUUUAUGUUUGCCAUCCAUACGACCCUGCAUGAUGCUGCUCAGUCGGCAAAAACUUCAAGGCUCCUCACAUACAAAGACAUCCAGCUCUCGUAAGCAUUAUGUUGGAGUUUUUGCAUCAACAUCAACUCCUUGUGUUAAGUUAGUCCACUUUCUGUCUACCUCCACUCAAGGGAUCCUUCUCCAACAGAAGGAACCCUCCAUUACUCUUGCUUUAUGGCAGUUUCAAGCUGUAUUUAUGUGAACAAACCAGUAAAUAAUUCCAACACCAUGGUACCAAUGGUAGAGAGUCAAUAAUUAUUCUAAACAGCACAGAGACACUGAAGACAAGAACACUUAUUUCUGUAAAGGCACAGACUUCUGCGAUCUUCUCUGAUAGUUCACUGUGAUCUCAAAGUUUCCGGACACAUUGAAACUUGAUCCAGUCAGUUUUUAAUUCAGUUCAACACUUGAAUCAGCUUAUUAUACUGUAUUUGAAACAUGUAAUCUUUGCCUUUACUUUGCUCUUUUGGUUCAUAUUGAAGAUUUAAUAUAUUGUUUGAGUUGUGGUAGUGAAAAAAAAAAAUCAUUUCAUCUGUUUUAAUUUAUCCAUCAGUUAAGUGCACAUUUUAGCUGUUUUACCAGGGGUGGAAUUAAACGUGCCAUGUUUCGAGUGUUGGGAGUUUGUCACUUUGAAUCGGGACUAAAAGACAUAAAGUGUAAAGGGAAAAAAAAAGGCUCAUUCGCUUUAAUCGGCUGUGUCCUAAAUCAACUUUUAGUUUGGGGAACUUAAGCUUUAACUUGCCUGUUGUGCUGUGAGAGUUGUGUUUUUGGACGUUGAGACUUGGCCUGCAAAUUUCAACAGUACUUUAUUUUUUUACAGCCCAGCGGUAGUUCGCACUCUAUCUACAGGAACUUUUGCACAAACCAGAUCCACUCAAGUGAUCCAUGGACCAAUCAUACAGCACUGUAGAGUACUCGAAAUGGAUUUGCAAUAAAAAAAAAAAAGAAGUUUUAAAUGAAUUUUAAGAUCUUUUAAAAACGCAUGUGAUUUUCAAGUUUAAGUGCGGGUCAUCAGAGGAUGUCGCUCUUCUGUUUUGUACACUUAGAGAGUGUAAGAUCUACUGUUGGGCUGUAUCAUUAAGAGUUAUUCAUAUUUAACUGUGUCUGAGUGUCAUGAUACUUAUUUGGGAUGUUUUUGCUUUUAUUCUCAUCGCUUAAGAUGUUUCAGUGUUUAAAAUAAGCAAACAAAGUCGCCAAUAUUUGCUUCAUCUUAUUAGAACAGGAGUAGGUAAAUUGAAUCCACAUAUAUAUAAACAGCCUGUGGCAUUAUUCCAUGAUAAAGGGCUCGUGAAGAGAAAUGAUUGUAUGGCGGAUCGGUGAUAUCAGUCAGCUGUUACACCCCUCCUCUCCAAGUCUCAUACUCCAGAAAGACUGUGAACUUUACAAGCUGGAUUUUGGUGAUAAAAGUUGAUGUGGUUUGUCUCAUGGUAAGGGAAAUCGAUGUGAAGGGAUCGCUCAUCAUCAAUGCAUGAAGAAUGUUUGUGUUUUACAUUAACUCACUGUUACAUAAAAAUAAAGAGGCCACACUUCCUACGAUUGUAAAAAUACAAUUUUGAGUGUUAUAUCAUCUAUAAGAUAGUUUAAUUCUAUUUUAUACCAUAUUCUAUUCAGGCAUGCUGUUCCUAAUGGUAGUAAAGUCGCAUCAUGGAAGAGCGCACCUUAGCUCCAAGUUUUUCUUACUCUGGAGAUGUUUCAUUUUCACGUUAAGGUAUGCUGAUCGAAUUUUAUGCCAAGUUUCUUUUAUUUUAGGUGCCAAUACUCUGUAAAUCAAACACAAACGUUAAAGAGGUGAUGGUGUAACCCUGAAAACCAUCACUGCAGCCCUCCCUCCUUACAGUGUUCCCCCUGACCUAUUCUGACCCCUCUCCCUCAUAGUGUUAGUCUAGUCUGGAAAGUUAAGUACAUCACAAUCACUGACUGAAGGGUUGCUACAAUAGAUGCCAUAUUUUUGCAGUCCAAUCACUAUUUUUUGUUGCAAGCUAAAGUGUAUCUUUGUAAAUACCGUGGGUGUAUCUCAGAGCUUUGUUAUUUAAAUAAAAAAGGCAGGUGGAGUUUGUUUGUGUGUGUCUGUA